AAAAAUUUGACAGCUCACUUGGUGGUAAAUAGAAUGUUUUGGUGUUUGCAUUCUACGCAUUUCUUCCCAAAAACCCGCUGAAAAAACAGUUUUUUGUGCCUAAAAAAUCGUCAAAAUAGUGACUAAGAAGUUGAAAAUUGCAGUAAAUGUGGUAAUUUUAUUGUGGCUAUUGAGUAGUGUGAGGAAAAUGAAAAACAUUUGAUCAGAGUGUUGAGGUUAUGUGAAAACGUGUGAAUUGUUACGAUUUUACGUGAAAAAUCUUGUUCCUCGACUUGAAAAAUGUUCGGCAAGAGGAAUGGAGUCAAACCAACAAAUACCCAAAGCAAUCCUGGGAGUAGUAGCUCUUGGGCAGGAAGAAGUGAUUCACCGAGGGAAACGUCAUUUUCGAGGUCUCCUGGGAAUAUCAGAAGCAGUCCAAGGAUAGAUCCUGAAAUUCUUUUGGAUACCCAAAGCAACGGGCUGUCUUCGAGGAUUGUGAAAUACUACGAGGAGAAUCAGAGAAUGUCUAGGAGUCCACGGACAGUGUACAAUAAACCUGGGCAAUUCCCAAUUGUUCAUUUGAAGAAGAAUGAAAUUGUUUACUCCACGAAGAGGAACAAUCCCCUGUCAGUUGUCAAAAUUGCUCCUCCGGAUAAAUCCGUGUCGGACAGGAAUCUCAGGCUCAAUAUUCUUCGGCAGGGGCUUUCAACCCCAACUGCGCCCCCUGAUGACUAUAUUGAGCCUCAUAAAUGGCACGAUAAUGAACCAUUGACCCCGUCAGAGGGCAUUGAGUCCACUCCAACUCGUUCUGUACUUGAUGCCUUGACAGAAAUCUCCCGGAAGAGGAUUCACAAUGAGGAUUUCAAUGGAGACAGGUCCAAGAAGCACUGCAAAGAUUUCACCGAGGUUGAUGGACCUCAAACGGAUCUCCGAGCUGUUCAGACCAAACGGCAGCGAGAUAAAGUAUCCCCUCCGAGCCCCGCAGAAGGUCAGGCUUCAGUGGAGUCCACCAAGAAGAAGGUAUGUCGCAAUAGUCAUGAUAUUUUGAGCUCUCUGAGCUCUAGCAUUCGGUUGCUGAAUCCCAAGAGGAGGAUUGAAGAUGUCUUGGCGGGGGAUGCAAAGAGGACUCACUACCAACGUCCCCAGGCGACAGUUGAGCCUCAGAAACGGAGCCCUGUGGCAUCUGUGGAGCCCCAGAGGCGUCCGGAUUUGCCCAGUUCACAGAAAUUGACUCCUGUGAUGAGUAGCACUCCAUUGAACAUUGUGCCUCCUCCGGCCAAGCCUCAGGCGCCAAAGCCCACGCCGAAGAUCACGCUGUUCAAUCAGAACUACGACAGGAUCAAGGAGAGAGUCCUCUCGGACACGGAGGAUGACGAAAAGGCGAAAUCCCUGAAUCUGGUGCGUCCGAAACCCGGCGGGAAGUUACUGGUGAAGGACAAGAAGGAAUCGGCAAAGGGCAGUAAGUCCAAACUAGCCAUCAUGCUGAGCUAUUUAAGCAGGAAUUUUGAAGAUGAGGAUGAGGAUACAGUGGACGGGAAGGAAGAAGAGAAGAAGCCAGAGGAGGCUAAAAAGGAAGAAGUAAAGACUCCAGAGCCUCCUAAGCCAGUUCCUGUGAUUUCGUCCAUGGCCAAACCGCCUGAGCCUCAAACUCCAAUUAUGACCCUUUCCAAGCCAUCUGAGGAACCCAAGAAGCUCGAGGAUGGCCCCUCUGCGACUUCUACGCCUCAAAUCCCUCAAAUUAAAUUUGGAAUCCCUGCAACGGAAGCUCCCAGCAAGAUUUCACCAAUUCUCUCCAUGCCCGUGGCAAGUACAGGCAACCCAGCUAAUCCCUCGGCAGAAAUUGUCCAGCCAGAAGUGAAAUCCCAACCAAAAGCCUUCAAAGUCCCAGCUUCGACUGCUCCUAUCUCAUUUCCCGCUCCAAUAUCUUUCGGAAGUACCGUUACUUCAGCACCAGUUCUGUCAGUUGCACAAACAACUUCUGCUCUGUCAGUUGCUCCUGCGGCUGUGUCAUCUGGGGCAUUUGCACCGCUCCCAUCCUCUUCGUCAUCGAGCAUCAUUAAGACAGCAUCACCCUUUACAAUGGCUCCGGGAAUUGCAGGAAGUGCUCUGGCGGCAGCUUCAAAGUCUCCCCCAAAGCCUGUGGCUUUUCCAUCCGGGAAAUUGGAUUUCAACUUUGGAGCAACUCAGCCGGCAUCUCUGAGCACAGCGACAGCCACAACUUCAUCAAGUGCUUCUGCACCGUCAAAUUCUCUCUUCCAAUUCAAACCUGCAACUACCAGUAUCACAGCUACUUCAGCUGCUCCAGCUUCAGCCCCGAGCUUCACCUUUGGAACAACUCCAGCUACGCAAACUUCAGCUCCGGACACAAAUUUCGCCUUUACCCCAGCAAAUGCAUCGACGUUGAAGUCCCUGGCACCGGGAUCUGUGAUUACGCCGAAGAAGACGAAUUUGUUUAUGUUUGGCGGAGGAGGAGGAGGAGCAGGAGGAGGAGGGAAUGGGGCUGAAACGACAACUUCUGCAAGUAGCUUUCCUGCUUCGACUUUCACAACAACUUCCAGUGGACCUUCUAUCAGUGGAGGCUUCACUGGGAAUGCUUUUGGUGGCUUCUCCUCAAAUGCUCCAGCUACAACAGCCACAGCAGCUUCAACGGAUGUCAAGGCAUUGUUCACAUUCGGGCCGGCUACGAGUGCUCCCACUCAAACAUCACAAACUCCCUUUACCUUUGGUGCUCCUGCUCAGGCCACCAAGCCAGCAGUUACAAGUGCUGCAUCUUCUGCGGCGUUUUCCUUUGAGAAGAAGACACCAUUUGAUGUUGUGAGCACGGCUGGCAGUUCAGUUUUUGGCGGAAGCACAGCUACUACAGCUUCAAUUUUUGGGAAUGCCAAUGCAACUUCAGCCACAACAGCUGCUGCAACUUUCCCUGCAUCUUCUAAUUUGGUGUUUGGAACAGCAUCAGUUCCGGUGUUUGGAGCUGCUGCGGCUACUUCAACGGCUUCUGCAACAACAACAGCAUCGGCUUUUGGAAGCGGAGGAGCAGGAGGAGGAGGAGGAGGAGGAGGAGGAGGAGGAGGAUCGAUUUUCUCAGGAGGGAGUCCUUUUGGUGGAGGAGGAGGAGGCUCUGGACAGCCUCAGGGAAGCACGGCUUUUGGUGGUUUUGGUGGAUCAACGGGAAAUGUGGCAAAACCUGCGACAACUUCCACAGUUUCUCCUUUUGCUUUUGGUGGUGGCCAGGAAAAUAAGACAACAACUUCUGGGACGUCUUCAGCUGGAAUUUUUGGGGCAGCACCGGCAGCGCCAAAUGCUUUUGGGACAUCGGAUAAGCCAUUUAGUUUUGGCGGAGGGGCAGCAGCAUCAGCUCCUUUCCAGUUUGGAGGAGGAGGGGGAGCUGGAGCAGCAACUACGACUUCCGGCAGUCCUUUUUCAUUUUCAACGCCCAACACGACAGCUCCUCCGGCCUUUGGGGGAGGCAGUUCAGGGGGAACUUUCACUUUUGGCCAGACAGAGGCACCUAAGCCUCCAGCGCCGGCUUUUGGGAGUGGCGUUGCAGUUUUUGGAGGUCAACAAAAUUCAGUUAAUCCUCCGGCUUUUGGAGCAACAAAUUCAGCUCCAGCAUUCAAUUUUACGGGCUCAGGGGCAGCAGCUCAGCCACCUGGAACGCCCCAGGCGCCCUUUGCAUUCGGGGCAGCCGGGGCCAAUCAGCAGGGCGGAAGUCCCAUGUUCAGCAUUGGAAGCACUGGACAGACAGCUCAGAGGAGACCCUAUCGUCAUGCAACGAGGCGACUCAACAAAUAAAGAAAAUUUCAUUGUAAUUUAUUAUUUUUCUCGAAAUUUUAUCUGAACAAAAUAUGAAUGAUGUAAAAUUGAAAUACAAAAAUUGUUCGGGGUUUUAA